GCAGCAGCCAUGGGGUUGGAGCUGCGGCCGCCCCAAGCCCCUCGGGCCUGGAGAAACUCCGGGGGGCUCUGCGGCCUCCGGCUCCUCCUCCCUCUGGGGGUCUUCGCCUUUCUCCUCUACCUCUCCAACAAAUGGCUCCCAGUCCUGCCACUGUCCGACCGACCGCGGGCCAUCCUCGCCCCCCAGGGCUCCCCCAGCGCUAAGAUUCAUUGCCUGGACCCCGAAAUCCUACUGGGUCGCUUGGUGAAGGAGUUCACGGCCAGCGUGGCCACCCCGGGGGACCUAAAACUGGACCACUACCUGGCCGGCUGGAGAGAGUUGAUCAGGUUCCUGUCCCCGCUGGGGACGGUCUUCUCCUUCGUCACGCAAGAGGCCACCUCAAAGCUCUCCGUCCUGGACGCUCACUCCACGGGUCCUCACGCCGCCCACUACGCCUCGCUGUCCACCAUGGCCUCCUGGGAGCUGAGCCGGGGGCUGGUGGACCUGCCCGGUGGACCCGCGCGGGACCCUGCCCUCCCCCGCUCCGGCCUCCGCACCCUCCUCCUUCUCCACCGGGCCCUCCACUGGGUCCAGCUCUUCCUGGCCAAACUGGCGGGGCCGCGGGGAGCCGGGGACACCGGGGUCCUGUGUGCGGAGGCCUACAGGGAGGCGUUGGCCCCCUACCACAGUUGGUUCAUCCGGCAGGCGGCCGGGCUGGCCUUUCUGGCCAUGCCCCCGCGGGGCCGGCUGCUGGACCUGGCCUGCCCCGGAGGCAGGGAGGUGGAGGCCGUGGGGGCGUUCGGGUGGGCCGCCGAGACCCUGCAGCGGGUGUACAACGUCACUCAGAACGAGUACGCGGCCCGAGGCCUCCUGGAGCUGCCUUGAGAUCGAGCCUGGCGGCGGCAGAGGCAUCAGGGCCUAGAAGGGGCUUCACGAGCUCAGCCAUCCUGCCACCCUGUAUGAUGAUGAUGAUGAUGGCAUUUAUGAAGCGCUUACUAUGUGCAAAGCACCGUUCUAAGUGCUGG